GGCGCCGAUCUCUCUGUUUUAUUUUAAACUUUCAGUGAGGGAUCCCCCCCUAAGUGUACUACAAUUUUUAUAUACCGCUUUUCACGGUUAAUUUAUAAAUUAAAUAUUUUUUAUUUAUUAUUGGCUCACUUUAUUAUAAUAGUAACAAUUGUAUAGUUAGGUAUAACUAUAAAUUAAGUCUUUGAGUUACAUAAUCUUUUAUAUACGUUUAUAUGCCUCUCUAUAGUUAUUAUUUAAAACGCACCUUUAAUAAUCAAACUUGUAGAAUUACCGAAAGAGUUUGGAAUCUAUUAGGUUUUGAUAGUAAUAUUUUGGAACUAACACCAGAUCAGGUUAUUAGUUCAUUUGGAAAGAAAAGGGGUAUUUCUGUUUCUAAGGCUUUUGAUCAUACCGCUUUUAUAAAAUUUCCAGUAGGAGCAACUUUAAUUUACGAAAGCACUAUAUUCGAAGUUUAUAAACGAGAAAGUAAACGGCAAUAUUUACCGAAACAGUUACAACAAAUCUCCCUUUUAGAAAAAAUUGAAAUUUUAAAAAAAGAUACGGAAGGUUAUUAUUUUUGUUAUUGUACAAAAGGGGAAUUACUUAAUAUUUUGUCAUUUUUAAACGCAGAACAGCCGAUUAAUAGUCACACUAAAGAUUUGAUAAAUAAAUUACGUUCUGUUUUCAAACAACCACCCCUCUCAGAAAAAUACGAAUCUGAUUCGGACUCCGAAGCAGAAAAACUUGAUAAAAUUCCAAGUACUCUGCCGGUUCCACUAAGCACAAAAAGCGCUUCUUCGAGUGAAUCGAACACCCCUACCGAUCUCGACAAAACCGUUGUCGAAUUUCCUUUAGCUAAACCAUCAGAAAUUUCACGCGAGGUCACCGUAGAACCUAAACCUAUUUCUGCGCAAUCAAAACUUUUAGAAAAUAAACCAGUUAAAUUAAUAACUACUAUGGCCAUAAACGCAAUUAGAACACCCCAAACAUUUUCAGGAAACUUAACAGAGGACGCGGAUAGAUUCUUCGUUAAUUUCGAAAGGGUAGCAACCGCUAAUAGGUGGGAUGACGCGGAGAAAUUAAUAAUGUUGCCCCUUUCAUUAUGUGACACGGCUCAAACGGUUUUUGAGGCUAUCGAAUCCGAAAACCCAAACUUAAAUUGGCAUGAGGCAAAAAAUACAAUGAUAAAGUUUUAUAAUUCAGACGCACGACUUCGAAUGAGGCGUCAAAAUUUAGAAUCUAGGAGAAAGAGUGAUUCGGAAACAGUAAAAGAGUAUUUGCUAAAAAUAAAAGAAGAGUGCAGGAGAAUAGAUAAAAAUAUGGCAGAAAGGGAG